GCUAUUUGAUUGGCUUGCAGACCUUGGCAUGCUGCAUGAUUAGAUAACUGGCAUAUGCAGGCUUAGCAGGGCACAUAGCCACAAUCUCUAACCCCGUUCGACUUAGCUCCACUUCUACUUAGUUAGAACUUCAAUGUCAGCUGCUUCAAUGUUCGAUCUUCAUCUGAUUUCAAUCUCGAACCCUUUCGCUAUUCCGCCCAUUCAACGUUACUCUAUUAGCAAUACGAUGAACUUAUCUUGGUCUCUCUCUCUCUCUAUCUCUCUCUCAUUCUCCAUGAACGGGUCUAUCCCCUUCAUGAUAUCUUCGGAGACCUACGCGCUCUCCACCAAUUAAGCUAACUCGGAUGUUAAUUGCCGGUUUGCGAUGAGCUGAAGAUGAAAAUGGGAAAUGAUUGGCCUAUAUCCUAGCAAUUUGUACUUCGUAAAUACAAAAGAGCCGACCUCUCGUGCAGCCCUAUAGUAAUACAAGGGUAGGUUACAGCAUUACUCCCGUAGCUCAAGAAUCCUAUAAGCCCCCUAUCAGCCCAUCCGUCGACGUGAAAAUGAAUUGUUUUUGAUCCCUUCUACGCCUCCGGGAAAUACCACCAAGUAUUCGUACACGAACCUAAAGAAUGUCCACCAGCGAGUUUUCCGGCUGGGCCAUUCGCCGAAACGGCUCUUGCGUUGGGGAAGUUGACUGCGGCGUUACCAGAGAUCCCUUUCACGCCUGCUGCCCUUCCUCGGCGGAAUGUCCAAGCCAGUAUAACGUAGCUUGCUGCCCAUUCGGCCAAAACUGCACGGCGGCAGCUGUCGAGACCCCGAAAUGCGCCAACGGAUCGUGGGCCAUGUUUGACAACGCAGGCUUCUUCUGCUGCGAAAAGGGCUAUAUAGGCUACAACUAUCGCGGUACCGACGGGUGUUCUAAAUCCGGGAUAAGCCUGCCAGACGGCGCAUUGCCGCUUGCCGAGAUUUCUCAAGCCAGCUUCUCCUCGAGCUCGACGACAUCGACAGCAACACCGACGGCAACACCUACGCUAGAUUCGCAAUCUAGCUCCGACUCCGACUCCGAUUCCAACCCGAGCAGUUCUGCCCUCGUGGGCGCGAUAGUUGGGGGUGUGCUUGGAGGAGUCGCGUUUCUCGCGCUUGUUAUUUUAUGUUUAUGGUUCGUCCGCCGAAGAAAAGCCCGACUCGAAGAAGCUGCGCAGAGUUUUAUGCUGAACCAAGAACCUCCGAUCCCAAUAAGAACCGAGAAAUAUGCGGCAACAGUCGCGCCUGGUCAAGUAGAGAUUGACGGUAACUCCCGGGCUGAGUUACCGAAUGACGCUGCUACGAAGCCACAUGAGUUAGCUUGAAGUUUGUGAAUAGGCGAAACCUGAAUUUUACGGGACGCGGGAGAGCCGGUAGAUUGGAAGUUAUCGACGCCACAGUUCCACAGAAGUGGAAGAAGAAACUAUGUGACAAGUCGUUUAGAAAGGUGUUACAUGUCACAUUCUCACAGAAUAUCGUGUACAUAUCAUAAUUAUCAUGCAUAGAGUCAUCCAUUCUUGAAAAUAUUUAAUAUAUAGACGGCCAUCGAA